ACAUGACCAGUGAUGAACGUCUCCGCGGCUCCUGUCAGUGCGGGAGAAACCAGUACCAAAUCCGACUCCCUGACGAUGUUACCAAUCAUGCUCAUGUCUACUUUGACACCAGUCGAGACAACCGAAGGUUUCACGCCGCUCCGCUGACAGCCUGGCUCCGCGUCCCUUUAACCUGGUAUCAAUCUCACACGCAGUCUUACUUCCCUGACGAAACACACAACACCAUCCGUCGCAUCUUUUCGCCGCACCAUGCGCCACACACCCAGCGUGUCUUUUGCGGCUAUUGCGGAACGCCCCUUACAUACUGGAGCGAGCAUCCUCGUGAAGAGGCAAACUAUAUGUCGGUGUCAAUAGGAAGUUUAUUUGGCGAUGACCAGCGCAUGUUGGAGGACUUGGAACUGUUGCCUCCCGAGUCGUCUGCAUAUUCUUCUGACGGGGAAAACGAAGUUGCGGACGAUAUGGAGGCUUCAGAAGGACAAGGGGAGGUUGUUGCCAGUCCGGCUGCAGCGCGGCAGGAUGCGCUUUCAUUGAACGUGGUUAUCCCGUCUGAGUCGGCAAUUUCACGGAGUUAUAGACACGGCACACUGGGUGGAAUUCCGUGGUUUGAGGAGAUGGUAGAAGGGAGUCGACUGGGUAGAAUGAUGAAGACUAGACGUGGUGUUGGGGUCAGUGAUGAUCAGUCUACAACCUUUGAGUGGGAGGUUAGUGAGUGGACGAGCGAUGGAUCGGGUGCACGACACGUCGGAUCUGCUGCCCAGGCGGCAGGGAAAAGAAAGCGUGGACAGCAUACUAAUGUGGAGGAUAUUGGAUCUACCUAGGUGUCAAGAUUCCAAUAUCUGAUGAGUAGCAGACAUUAUUUCGAGUACAUAUUCCAAACAAAUCACUUUUCGAAGGUCUAAGACCGAAUCAAGCAGAAUGAAGCAUCUUGACGCCUGCUAAUUAUUGUAGCUAACAUGGAUGGAAUGCAC